UGUUAUGCCCUUUCCCCCAGUGCCGCUCGGCCGUUGGAAUCCGGCGCGCCAGGCCCGAGCCUGCGAGACACGCGUCGCGCGCCGGCCUUGGGGCUCCCCUUCCACCACCCCGCCCCCCGCGCCGCUGUCCCUCUCGCCGUCCGGGGGCUCGGCCUCCUCCCGGCGCACGCGGCUCUCGGCCAUGCUGCCCAACACCGGGAAAUUAGCAGGAUGUACUCUCUUCAUCACGGGUGCAAGCCGGGGCAUUGGGAAAGCAAUUGCUUUGAAGGCUGCAAAGGACGGUGCAAACAUUGUGAUAGCUGCUAAGACAGGCGAGCCUCAUCGCACUCUCCCAGGAACGAUCUACACUGCUGCAGAAGAGAUUGAAGCUGCUGGAGGAAAGGCUUUACCAUGCAUCGUUAAUGUGAGGGAAGAACAGCAAAUCGCUGACGCAGUGGAGAAAGCUGUACAGAAAUUUGGAGGAAUAGACAUUUUGGUGAACAAUGCGAGUGCUAUCUCCUUGACUGGCACCUUGGAAACUCCUACAAAGAAAGUGGAUCUUAUGAUGAGUGCUAACACAAGAGGAACCUAUCUUGCGUCUAAAAUAUGCCUUCCUUACUUAAGAAAGAGUAACAUUGCUCAUAUCCUUAACAUUAGCCCACCAAUUAACCUGAAUCCCAUAUGGUUCAAAAAUCAUUGUGCUUAUACCAUUUCUAAAUAUGGCAUGUCCAUGUGCGUGUUGGGGAUGGCAGAAGAAUUUAGAGGAGAAGUUGCAGUCAAUGCUUUAUGGCCUCAAACAGCUAUACAUACGUCUGCUAUGGAUAUGCUGGGAGGAGCUGGUGUGGAACAGCAAUGCAGAAAAACUGAUAUCCUUGCAGAUGCUGCAUAUUGCAUUUUAACAAAACCAAAAAGUUUCACAGGAAACUUCGUUAUUGAUGAAAAUCUGCUGAGAGAAGAAGGAAUUAAGAAUUUUGAUGUGUAUGCAGUUGCACCAGGUCAUCCAUUGCUACCAGACUUCUUUCUAGAUGUAGAUCCUGAUACUCUAGCUAUGAAAAUGGAAGCACAUGGUGCUUCUCCAGUGUUCAGAGAGGGGAAGAAAAUAGAAUCAGACAAGCCUGAAGGCCCCGAUGGAGCAAAGCAUGAAGGCCCCAAUGGAGCCAAGCCUGAAGGCCUCGACGGAGCUGAGUCUGCUGCGGUUAAGCCUUUGGGACCUGUUGAAGAAACAUUUAAAAUUAUUAAGGGAGCAAUCAGUGAAGAUGUUGUAAGGUCUACCCAAGGUGUUUAUCUGUUUGAACUAUCUGGUGACGAAGGGGGGACUUGGUACAUUGAUCUUAAGAACAAAGCUGGGAGUGCAGGAAUUGGAGAACCACCUGUGAAAGUAGAUGUGGUUAUGAGCAUGUCUAGUGGUGACUUUGUGAAAAUGUUUUCAGGCAAACUAAAGCCAACCAUGGCCUUCAUGUCAGGAAAACUGAAAAUUAAAGGUAACAUGGCCUUAGCAAUGAAGUUGGAAAAAAUGAUGACUCAGUUCAGCUCCAAACUGUGAUGGGAAGGCUUAUUGUGUGGAACAUUGUCCUUUAAUAAAAAUGUAGCACUGUUUGUUGUUUAAAACACUAACCCUGGCCUUUUUUGGAUGUAUUAUGAAAAAUAUGGAAUUGACCUGAUGAAAUGUGGAAUUGCUAGAGGAAGAAUAACUUGACAUUAUUCUAAUUAGGACAACAGAUCCAUCAUUUGGCAUCACAUUCAGGUCUCUUCUUCCUCUCCACUGGGGUCUUGCACUCUGUGUGGGGCUGGAGGGUAUUUCCAUUUCUUCUUUAGGCUCCUCCUUGGCUUUGAGACUUCCAUGUCCCAAUCAUCAUUUUCCUAAUGAAGGAGGCUUAUAUUGGAUUUUCGUCAAGCUACGCAGUUGUACUGAGGAGCAGUAAAAUAGAGUGAAGGUGACCGCAGGUGUUUUCUUUCUUCAAGGGCUAUAAACUCUCUGUCUCCUGUGCUGGAGGAGAUUGGAAUCAGUUUACCAUAAUAGCCUUGCAGGGCUAUAUGAUUAGUAGUCUAACAAUUUAAAAUUAUUUACACUUUUUUUUUCUUGUGCUCUCAAUAUAAAAAUCUGAAUUGCUGUUUUGAGGGUGUACCUUUUAUGUUUUAAAGAAAUUUUCUGUACUAAACCUUUUACUGUGGAAACUGAUUUCUGCUAAAGAAUUCUAAAACUUCUAAGCCAAACUCAGGAACUCUUAGUAAAAGUAUACUAAUAAAAAAAAAAACUAUAAGCCUUUGUGGCUAGGUGCCUAAAUAAUUCAAUCAAAUAGCAAUGUUUUUUACAGAUAAUAUUUUUAACAUAAUUGAUUUGUUGCCGGAAACUAUUCCUGCCAAGUUGUACUCAAAUUAAUUGAAAUAAACAGCAGUAUUUACUAUCAGAGUGCAUGAGCAAACGUGUCUAGAAGUGCCAAAUAAGGAACAAUUUUGUUUAUUUUGAAUAUCUUGCUAUUAUAAUUAAAAGAAAUAAAGGUAUUGACAGAAUUCUGA